AUGACCACGACAACAGAAACUACCAAGACCAAUGGCGUCAAUCACUUAGAUGCCGCGGAGCUGCCUUCGAAGAUCGCGCCGAGCUCCGAGUGGGUCGAUACCAGCGACUCCAUUAAGGCAGAUCCAUCAACCAGUGUAAAGGCUUCUGAUGGACCUGUUGGUGACUUUGGCUGGGGUCCAUGGAAGAUCCAAGAUGUUUUGAUUCCGCCUAGUGCCGGUCGAGGUAUGAUCAAGAAAUACCAUCAACGCAGAACUCUCUACCAGUACACUUUUCUCUCCCUUGCCGGACUUUGGUCAUUCCACAACCUUGAGAGCACAUCAUACCGUGCCGCGGCCCUUGGCUUCCUCUUCCCGGGCGCGGGAUUCACGGCAGUAGCAAGCCCCACAGCAGUAGCAGCCUUCUUGCUUACGCUCGUUCUCAUCCCGGUGUCAAUCUUCGUUUGGUUUGCCAUGGGUGGCAUCGCAUUUCCCAUCGCGCUAUGGAUUGGAUCCAGCUUCAUGGCUGGCCGUCUUGCCCAGGACACUUUGUUCGAACAGUCCGCCGCGCUAUGGGCUCUCGGUUGCUUCAGUGGUAUCACUUGGUUGAUGAACAACGCCAGCUCUCUCAAUGCUGCUGGGUACUCGAAGGCUCAAGAGAGGAACAAGUACCUCGUGCAGGCUGUCGAAGAGCAGAUGGCCGACGCCGCACCUGCACCUCAGUCUGGCGAUCGUGAGCUAUCCCUCGAGACUCUCCGGCACGUGCAGCAUAUGAUCGAGCGAGGACUUAGUCCCCGUGACGACUUCAGCUUCCACGACGUUAUCGACCAGUUCCAGACAGGCGCCAUUCGCUAUCAGCUGUACGGGACUAUCGAUGCCUUGAGUCUAUACCAGUGCCACUACGUCCCAGGCUUCCACGGCUAUCUUUCUAAGGCAUGUCAAAAUGCCAUCGAGAAGAGUCUCCAGAAACGGAUCAUGUCAUAUUGGAAGUGGGAGUCCAUCUUUGGAAGAUUCACCCUCAGCGACUGGGAUCCAAUUAAGAAAGACAACAUCAUGGUCACUGGCUACUUGAGUGCUGCGAUUGGUCUCUAUGGCCAGGCAUCGGGCGAUCGACAGUACAACAAGAAGGAUGCCCUCGAGUUUGUCAUUGAUGACGGAAAGCACUACAAGACCAAUUACGAGGGCCUCGCAGAUGCGCUAUUCAACAACAUGACUGAGAAUCCGUACUGCCUGUAUCCGUGCGAGCCGAACUGGACUUACUCACUUUGCAACUUGACUGGCAUGGCUGGGCUUGUCAUUUCUGACCGUCUCCUCGGUCGUGAUCUAGGAGUGAAGCUCCGCAACAGGUUCGAAAGAUCUCUUGAGGAAGAGUUCACUGAAUGCGACGGCCGAAUCCUGCCAAUUCGAAGCGAGUUCACCGGCUUGACGCUCCCGGGUCUUUGCGGCACUCUUACCGACUGUAUCAAUGCGAUGCUGCUGACUGCCUACCUUCCCCACUUGGCCCACCGAAACUGGGCUAUGAUCCGGAAGGAGUUCCUCAAGUACGACAAGAAUGGUCAGCUUGAGGUUAGAAACCUUAAGGGCGCCGACAAGAUGGACCCGGGGAACUAUCGGGCUAGCGAGGGACCCCUCCGAGCGUUCAUCGCUGCGACCGCGGCCGAGUUCGGCAACGAGAAGAUCAGGAAGGAGGCAUUGAACCAGCUUGACAACACCUACUUCCCUGUUGAGGCAACAAAGUCGGGCUCUCUGAGGAACAAAGGUCUGUCAGCCACAUCACAAGUAAUCGCUUUGAUGGCGCGUCUCGUUAAGAAUCGGGACCUCGCCAAUGCCACGCUACAUGGUCCGCCUGAGAACGCAUUGAAGGGACCCCUACUCGAAGAGGCUUCGUUCCCAGACGUUCUGGUGGCGAAAGCGUACAGCAAUGACGGAAAGCAACUUGAUCUUGUGUUGUACAAUGGUGCUGAGCCAGGGACCUUCGAGCUGGGAUUUGAAAGGCUCGUCCCCGGUAAGGAGUACUCGCUAAGCACUGGAGGAUCGGUAAAGGCGAACAAUAAGGGAAAGGCGACAGUGAAGGUCUCAGUGAAGGGUCGCACUCAAAUCAUUCUGAAGCCAGUUGUCUAG